AUGGCUGAUAAAAUGCCUUUAGUAUGUUGUUCUGACUCUUGUUGUUUUGUGUUGGUUGUGCGAAAGCCGACCAGACUUGACGGCCCAGUGAAAACAGGCCAGGGUUGUGCGAAAGCCGACCGACUGACAGACAGGCCCAGUGAAAACAGGCCCUUGGUCGUGCGAAAGCCGACCAGACUCGACGGCCCAGUGAAAACAGGCCAGGGUUGUGCGAAAGCCGACCGACUGACAGACAGGCCCAGUGAAAACAGGCCCUUGGUCGUGCGAAAGCCGAUCAGACUCGACGGCCCAGUGAAAACAGGCCAGGGUUGUGCGAAAGCCGACCGACUGACAGACAGGCCCAGUGAAAACAGGCCUUGGAUUCUGUGA